CGCCCCCUGUCUCUGCUCCCGCAGCUCGGCGCGGCUCCGUCCCUUGCCCGCUGCCCGAGGGGGGCCAUGAACCUCAACUUCACCUCGCCCGUGCUCCCGGUGUCGACGGGCCGGCCCACCUCCUUCUUCAUCGAGGACAUCCUGCUGCACAAGCCCAAACCCCUGCGGGAGGUGCCCCCCGAGCCCUUCCCCGGCUCGCUGGCCUCCCGCGUGCCCCUCUUGGACUAUGGGUACCCCCUGAUGCCCACCCCGACCCUGCUGGCGCCUCACCCGCACCCCGCCCUGCACAAGCCGGAGCAUCACCACCACCACCACCCCUAUUUCCUCACCGCCUCGGGAAUGCCGGUGCCGGCGCUUUUCCAGCACCACGCUCACGCCGAGCUGCCCGGGAAGCAUUGCCGCCGCCGCAAAGCCCGCACCGUGUUCUCCGACUCGCAGCUCUCCGGCCUGGAGAAGAGGUUUGAGAUCCAGCGCUACCUCUCCACGCCCGAGCGGGUGGAGCUGGCCACGGCCCUCAGCCUCUCCGAGACGCAGGUGAAAACCUGGUUCCAGAACCGCCGCAUGAAGCACAAAAAGCAGCUGCGGAAGACGCAGGACGACCCCAAGCAGGCGGCCGGGGAGGAGAGCCGGGAGCAGAGCUCCCCCGAGCCCGAGCUGCCCGAACCGGCCGGGACCGAGCCCCGCAAGGGCCCCCCCGGCCCCUUCCUGCUGCAGGACCCCGAGGACGAGGUGGACAUCCUGGAGGAGGGGGACAUCUGCGCCCACCGCCUCUAGCGGGCUC